AAUCAAGCCAAAGAAGAAAGUCGUCAUGGGUGAUGAGAAGGACCAAAACUAGUCGAUGAUGGCUUAUGUAUGCGGUGACGCAUGUCUCCUCAAAUAGAUAAUCUUCAUAUACGAACCCACCCCAUAAUCAGUAGCAUCAUCAGUAGAGAUCAAGGUUGAGUCUUGGAUGAUGGCUAAUCAGAAUCUGAACGGGCGGGUAGCAAUCGUGACCGGCGGUUCGCGUGGCAUCGGCCGUGAAAUAGUACUCCACCUUCACUCCCUGGGCGCAAGAGUUGUCAUCAACUACGCCUCAAGUUCAAACCAGGCAGACGAACUGGCCUCCCAACUCAACACCAAGACCUCACCACAGGUAUCAGCCAUUGCUGCUAAAGCAGAUGUCUCAGACCCAGAUCAGGUAAAGCUCCUGUUCGACAAGGCCGAGCAAGAAAUGGGUGCCCAGGUCCACAUCCUGGUCAACUGCGCCGGCGUCUUGGAUCCCAAGUACCCUUCUCUGGCCGACACCACUGUCGACGAUUGGGACAACACCUUCAACAUCAACACCAAAGGAGCAUUCUUGAUUUGCAGAGAGGCCACCAACAGACUCGCACGCGGCGCCGGCGGAAGAAUCAUCAUGAUCACCACCUCCGUCGUUGGGGGACUGAUGCCUGGUUACGCCGCCUAUGCUGCUUCCAAGGCCGCUGUGGAAACCAUGACCAAAAUAGUCGCCAAGGAGCUCAAGGGUAGCGGGAUCACUGCCAACUGUGUUGCUCCGGGCCCUGUCGCCACCGAACUCUUCUUCGCCGGGAAAAGUGAGGAAACAGUUAACAGGAUCACGGAAGCUUGCCCUCUCGGCCGCCUGGGUCAGCCCCACGAUGUGUCCCAGGUUGUUGGGUUCUUGGCUGGAGAUGCAGGGGAGUGGAUCAAUGGUCAGGUCCUUCGGGUUAAUGGUGGAGCUCUCAUCAUCUGAUAUAUCCAUCUUUCUUUUCACUGCUUCCAAUUUCAUCUCUUGUUUCAGUACUUGCUCAAAUAGAUCAAUGUGAUUUCAAUCUCAUUGUUGUGUCCGAUCAAUACUCACGAGUGACUACUCUGAUCGAAUUGUAGUUGCAUAUUCUAUGAACUAACCUAUAUAGAUCUCCUAG